AUGGCGCUAGGAGCUGUGGCAUCCGUAGCGGCUGUGGCGGCGCUGCUGAGGGAGGCGCAGCUGCCGGAUAGAUUUGCGGAGUGGGACGAUGAGCUGCGGUGGGAGGAGGUGCACCAGCUAGCGCAGCUGUCCAACAUGACCCACAAGGACCCACGGCUUGUGGCCAGGUGGUUCGACUGUCACCAGUACACCGGAGCCUUGGUUGAUCGUCAUCUACCUCAGGUUUCGAACCACUACUUCGUUCACGUGGGACACCUCCCGGGAGAGGAGCAUCGCCGAGUCCACCACGUGGCGAUUCGAGGAACGGUCUCCUUGGCGGACCUUGGCAUCGACCUCAAGACGCGCCAGGUUUUCGACGAGGAGUGCGGGUGCAUGUUUCAUGCGGGUUUCAAGGAGGUCGCCGACGCGGUGAUCGAAGAUUUGGAGGCGUUCUUGGAGCCCGGAGCCGAGGUGAAGCUGGCCGGGCACAGCCUGGGCGGAGCCGCGGCCGUGAUCGUGGCAGCGAAGCUCAAGCUGAGGGGCCACAACAUUGUAAAGGUGAUGACGUUCGGGGCCCCCAUGGUCACCGACGCCGCCGGAGCCGCGGUUCUGCGGGACCUCCUCCCGGUGAUGAGGGUCACCCACGAGAGGGACCCCGUGCCGCUGACCCCUCUAGAGUCGGGCUCUCUCACCUCGGUGGCGGCAGUCAAGCUUCUACCUAAGCCCGGCAAUGGCGGCGGCGGCGGCGGCAGGCACGGCGACGGCGACCAGAAAAACCCUCCGACGGUGCGGCAGGACAGCGCGGUCGAUGAAGACCGCGUGCUUCAGAGCGAAGAGGAGGCGGAGGGGGUGGAGGAGUGGGAGACCGCGGGCUUGGAGGAGGUGGGGGGGAUGGCGUGGUUCGAAGGCGGGGUGGUGUUGGAAGCGGGGGUCGAAGGCGGCGAGAUUGCCGACGGUUCGAGAAUGGCUGCUGGGGGGGGAGGGGGGUCACGCGGGGGUUCGGAGGAGUCCGGGGUGGGUUCGGAGGAGACCGGGGUGGGGACGGAGGACGCCGCCGGCGGUGAGGGUUUGCGAGUGAAACCGUCCCAGGCGUACUCGCACUUUGGUAGCCAGGUGGUGCUCUUGCGGAGAAAGAAGUGCCUGGAGUGCUUCCGAGAGGAGACAGCGGCCACCGCUUCCACCCUCAAGAGGUUCAUGUCUUCCAUGUCCGUGCCCGUGCCUCUGGGGGAUGACCGUCGCAAGGGCCAACCAUGCCAGCACAACCCUUCCCGAGGGACAACGUAUUACGACCCUAUGGGGGAAGAUGGUUGCCUCUUCGACAGCCCCUGGCUUCGGCUGUCGCACCCCAACUACACGCACCGCAUGAACCACUACGAGAACGAGGUCGCCGAUCGCCUGCAGCACCACCUGCUCCACAGCGGUACCCCAAGGAGCGGGUCUUCAUCUUCGCCUGCUGUCAUUAGAACCUCGGGGAUAAGCGCAAGCGGCGGCGGGGGCGGCGGCAGGAUCAUUAGCGCCAGCAGCGGUGAAACGUCGGAAGACGUCGUGGGGCGAGAUGCGAGACCGGGGGAAGUGGCGGCCGGGAGCGUCCGGUGUGACGCGCGAUGA